AUGUCUACAGAUGAUACUACUAAUGCCAUUCGAGGAUCAGCGUCAGCGCAUAGCUCACCCGAACAAUUGAAGAGCACAGCGAGCAUACCCGGCGCAACUCGUCGACGUCCAUGGGACGUAAUACAGAACGGCGGCGUUGCCCCUCGAGCGCGAGUCGGGCCCAAUCGAGAACAAUUCGCAGAGAUACCUAGCAUCGACGAAGCCAUCACUCAAUUCGAGAAGCAAUUCUUUCCCGGUCAACCUAAAUCUCUGUCUGGAAUUGCUUUGCGAUCUUUCCUCGUUGGUAUUGUCCUUACGAUUUCUAUGGCCGCUACCUUCUACCUCUUCUUCGUUACCAAUUCGAUAUUCUGGCGCAUCCCCUUCUUCAUCUCCUCUCUGGCAAUCUUCCAUUUCCUCGAGUUUUGGACCACGGCGAGAUACAAUACCCCGGAAGCAUCUAUCUCCUCAUUCCUCUUCAGUGGCAACGGUUCUGCAUACAACAUUGCGCACAGUGCUGCCGUCACCGAAUUUCUCAUCACCAAUACCUUUUUCCCCCAUGGAUCUUCAUACCGCAUCUUUGGUCUCCAAUUUCCCCCUUCCAUAUCCUUGUUCAGUUCCCGAUCCCAAAACUCGAUUCUCGUUCUCGGUCUCAUCCUCAUAAUCCUAGGCCAAACGAUUCGAUCCGUAGCCAUGGUACAGGCUGGCAGGAGUUUCAAUCACAUUGUUCAGUUCACUCGAUCGCGUUCACAUACACUCGUCACAACUGGUUUAUACGCAUGGUUGCGCCAUCCCUCGUAUUUUGGAUUCUUUUGGUGGGGAUUGGGUACACAAAUGGUCUUGGGAAAUUUCUAUUGUUUUUGGGGAUAUACGCUUGUUCUGUGGAUGUUUUUCAAUAGGAGGAUUAAGGGGGAAGAGGCUUUGUUGAUUAAGUUCUUUGGGGAUGAUUAUGUGCAGUAUAGGCAGGUCUCGUGGGUGGGAAUCCCUUUCAUCUAG